GAUGCCACUAACAUUGGACCUCGGCCAAAUGGACAUCUGUAUGUAUUGUAAAUAAUUGUUAGUAUUGGUUUUAAAAAUCCACACUACUGUAAAUCAGUCGUGACAUUGAUUAAGAUAGCUACAUACAACUUGUGACAAACGCUGAGCCGAAGCGACAACUGGACCUGAACUUUGACCUCGAUAUCAACUAUUAUACAAUUGUGUCAUAGGUCAUUGACAACACUGUAUAUAGCCGGGUAUGGUAGCCAUGUAGUGUACGCUGAGAGGAGACUAGUGUUCGAUUAUAAUGGAGAAAUACCUGGAAUCAGACAUACACACACUUAACACUAUCACCUAUUCCAUCUUCGGAUUCUCUGGAUUCGUCGCCAUUUCACAGUUUUUCCAGACUUCCGGUGCGUCGUACGGCCGUUACGUCCGGUCAGGGUAUGGCUGUUACAUAAACUCGAGGUUGGCUUGGUUCGUCUGGGAACUUCCGUCCAUCGUGAUCCCAAUUGUACUGUUUGUAUUUACAAAUUCGCCGAGAAUAGGGGAAACACCGAACCGAAUACUGUUUGGUUGCUUUAUGUUACAUUAUAUACACAGAUCUCUGAUCUAUCCGUUAUUGAUAAGGGGAGGUAAGCCCGCCUCUCUGUUGACGUUUGUAUUUGCUGUGCUCUUUUGUGUAUUCAAUGGAUACCUACAGGCGGCGUAUCUCCUACACCACGCCGAUUUCGGGGAGGAAUGGCACAGGGAUCCAAUAUUCUUCCUUGGUUUAUUUAUAUUUUUCUUCGGACUGUUUGUAAAUAUUCAAUCUGACCACAUAUUGAGAACUUUGAGAAAUCCAGGAGAAACAGGAUAUAAAAUUCCCCGAGGUGGAAUGUUUACGUAUAUAUCCGGAGCAAACUUUUUCGGUGAGAUCAUGGAGUGGUUUGGUUUUGCCUUGGCUAACGGAACUUUACCAGCCAUAGCUUUCUUCUUCUCUACCACAGCUUCUAUAGCACCCCGAGCUUUCCAACAUCACAGGUGGUAUAAGGAGAAAUUUGAGGAUUAUCCUAAGGAAAGGAAAGCUCUUAUCCCACUGGUUUUAUGAACAAAUAAAAAUGUCACAUCACAUUUCA